CACGGUGAAUCUGCUUGUUCGUAUUGCAAUUCGCCCAAUCCUGCGGAAGCAGUAACAUCACCCAACGCUGGUGUACGUCCUCGACAGACCUAUCGCAUGGCCUACCAGUCACCGUAACUGAGGAGAUGAGCCUCAUCCCGGAGAAUCAACAUGGUGUCGCUACCGACACCAACUACGAGAUGUUCGAAUCCUACGACGUACAGGUCGGAAUGGAACCAGACCUGCGCAUGCCCUUAACCGCUCGGUUAUCGACGGUCUCGGCUGUUGUCCCAUCGCAGAUAUCGAGGCCUUCAACGGUUGAGAGCUCCAGAAACUUUAAACAGCAGGACAACGGUCCCUACUGGGGCUGGCACCACUUUCCGGUCGGGCCUGGCAGGGGCACGAUGCAUGCCUUUGAGCAGGCCGGCAGACUAGGAUCUCUCCGUACGGGGUACGAUGUAAGCGCUGGCGCCUACUUUGACAAUACUUACGCCAUUGAUUCGGGCACGCCCAUGCCAGACGAGUUUCAAUUUCUACCCGCUAACGCAAACGCAAACGCAUUCACAAACUCGGAAACGCUGCCCGACCCCAACAUGCGGUUUUCCCCACUCUCCCCUGUCAGCAACUUCGCCAGCUACCCCCACUUCCAGCAUCAUCAUGACGCCUACUUUGUGCUUCCGGGCAUGGAGGGCGUGCAUCAUCGACAUUCCCAUCCGAUGUUCUCGCCGCCAAUAAUGGGGUUCUCGAGUUCGAUGAAUACGGGGACGAUGAACGCGACGGGACUGACGGAUCUGAGAGUCGGUCAGCAGCCGAGUGCACCGGCUGUCGUUCAUGCGCGACCAAGGCGGGCUCGAACACUCUCAGCCUCCGCCCCACCGUCAAACGCACCCUUCCUCCACCCAUCAGGCCUCCAGCUUCACCCAUUCCCACCACCACGAUCCAGCCAAACCCCGGCACGCUCCACCCAUCGCCGCACAACAUCCUCCACAGUCUCCAGCGCCGUUGUACCGUCCACGGAGGAAGUUCAAAGGCAGAUACAUGUGCUUCGUCAGCAGCGCAAGCGGUCGACCAUGCGCGGGCUGUUGGAUGAGUUGAGGGCCGAACUGCCGGUUUCUCUACGGAAUCAAGAAACGGAUGCAGGGCAAAGACCGAAGUUGACGGAUGUGGAGGUCUUGAGAGGCGUCCUUCAACUGGUCAGGGAGAUGAAAGCAGUCUCAGAUGGAAAAACUGAAUCUGCUCCGCCAGCAACCGAAACAUGAAUGGUAUCACCGUCGUUAACUUCGAAGAAAAGCGGAAAAGGAAGCACAUUGUAAAUAUGUACAUAUAGGAAGCGUCUCGUUC